GAUUCGCUUCAGUUCAUCAGUAUUUUACAGUCUCUAUUCACGCAGCAAUUUCCAGUCCAUUCUGGUUCGCCAGCACUGUAAUCGCAAUGUUUGUUAAAUCUCCAAAAACGUUUAAUUUGAAUUUAAUUUGGAAUAUUUUUCUGCCGAAAAAAUACAAACCGCCGGCUGUGCUCGAACACAGGAGUGUAGGUGCUCGGGUUACUACGGUUAAUGACAAACCUGUUACUAUGGUAAAUGACAACACUGCAGCUGCUUCAUCACUCCAUCGGCAAAUUUGCAACAAAAUAGUGAGCUGGAAGUUAUACACUGAUUAUAAAAGCUGAUUUUGGACAGAGGGUAACCGGGUUGCUUCUUGGCUGGAUGAACAAGCUAAGAAAUGUCUAAAAAUAAGACUGCGGGAUAUAGAGGCCAUCACAGCUACCAAAAGAGGAAAGAGGCGGAAGCAAGGAGUUUUAUAAGAUACAGGUGUGGCUUCACCAACACUAUACAAGAUGUACUUCGCCAGAGGCCUGGAUGGGUCGAGGUCAAAGAGGAUGAAGAGUGGGAUUUCAACUGGUGCGAUGUGGGCUGGCUGAGGGAGAACUUUGAUCACUCAUACAUGGAGGAGCACGUGCGAAUAUGCCAUUUUCGGAAUUAUUAUGAGCUAACACGCAAGAACCUGAUGGUGAAGAACCUCAAGAGAUACCGCAAGACCCUGGAGCGUGAGGUCGGCCACGUGGAGGCGGCCAAGUGUGACUUUUUCCCUUGUACCUUUGAGCUGCCCAGCGAGUACCACCUGUUUGUGGAAGAGUUCAAGAGGAACCCGAAAAGCACUUGGAUCAUGAAGCCAGUGGCACGGUCACAAGGAAAAGGCAUCUUUCUGUUCCGGAAGCUGAAAGACAUCAUGGAUUGGAAGAAGGAUGGCAGCCGCUUAGAGGAACAGCGGGACGAGGCCCAGGUGGAGAGCUACGUCGCCCAGCGCUAUAUAGAGAACCCCUACCUCAUCGGCGGCAGGAAAUUUGAUCUGCGUGUAUAUGUACUGGUAUCCUCAUACCUGCCUUUGAAGGCGUGGCUGUAUCGGGAUGGAUUUGCCCGCUUCUCCAAUACGCGAUUCUCUCUCAGCAGUAUCGAGGAUCAGUACAUCCAUCUCACCAACGUGGCAGUGCAGAAGACUGCACCAGAUUAUGACCCAGAAAGGGGCUGUAAGUGGCCGAUGCAGCAGUUGCGUCGGUACCUCACAGCAAAGCAUGGUGCUCAUGCGGUGGAGACCCUGUUCAGGGACAUCGACAACGUAUUUGUGCAUAGCCUGCAGAGCGUUCAGAAGGUCAUCAUCAAUGACAAGCACUGCUUCGAGCUCUACGGCUACGACAUCCUCCUGGACCAAGACCUUAAGCCGUGGCUUAUCGAGGUAAAUGCUUCGCCCUCCCUAACCCCCAGCAGCCAGCAGGACUACGAGAUGAAAUGCCAUCUUCUGGAGGACACCCUGCACGUGGUUGACAUGGAAGGCAGACUCACUGGCAGGGAGAAGCAGGUCGGGGGAUUCGACCUCAUGUGGAACGACGGCCCAGUGUCCCGAGAGAACAGCGGCCUGGAAACCCUGGGGAGCUCAUGCUUCAGUCCAAACACGAACUUAGGUUGUUUCAAUGACAGAGAAAACCAGCUACGACACCUCAAAGUCCUGCCUGGCCAGAAGAGCGCAUGACAGAUUGUUACUUAACGUAUUAAACUGAACUCCCUCCUGACAUUUAUACAUAUCAGGAAAUUAGAGAAUAUAAAAGAGACUAAAGUAUAAAAGGUGUAUGUAAAUAUAAAUUAUAAAAGAGAUAUAAAAGGAAAACAUAACAUAAUGGCAGUGAAUAUAAGUGACUACCUCCGUAUAAUCACCCUUAAUAAACCUGCUUAUUGUGUUUUUCUGUGA